AUUCACUUGUGAUCAGUGCGGGAAGAGUUUCACACAAAAAGUAAACCUUAAUAACCACAUGAUCAUCCACACUGGAGAAAAACUGCACCCAUGUGAUCAAUGCGGAAAAACAUUUUUGAGGGCUUCAAGCCUGAAGGAUCACCUGAAAGUUCAUUCAAAGGAGAAACCACAUUCAUGUUCUUUGUGUGGAAAGAGUUUUUCAUAUCUGCAGAAUUUAAAAGUUCAUCAGAAGAGACAUACUGGUGUGAGAGAUCAUAUGUGCUUUGAGUGUGAGGAGAUUUUUAUUACGGUUACAGAAUUGAAGCAGCACCAGAGGAUCCACACUGGAGAGAAACCUUACAAGUGUUCACACUGCGACAAGAGAUUCAGUCGGUUAGAAAAUCUGAAAUCACAUGAGAGGAUUCACACUGGAGAGAAACCUUACAAGUGUUCACACUGCGACAAGACAUUCAGUCGGUCAGAUACCCUGAAAAGACAUGAGAGGAUUCACACUGGAGAGAAACCUUACAAGUGUUCACACUGCGACAAGACAUUCAGUCGGUCAGAUAACCUGAAAAGACAUGAGAGGAUUCACACUGGAGAGAAACCAUAUCACUGCACUGCAUGUGGGAAGAGUUUCAGGCAUUCAUCAGAGUCAUUUAAUCAUACAAACAACAAUCACUGUAAAUUCAGUUCAAUUCACGUUUCUUAGUAUAGCGAUUUUCACAAUACAAAUCGUUGCAAAGCACUAAUUCUUAGUUACCUCAGGAUGCCCAUCACAUGGCAGAAACAGAGAAGCAGUUCACGCUGUUUCAUGUAAUUGUAAAAUACACGCUACAUAGUUUUAC